AUGAUAAAUUUUUAUUUGCUUAUUAUAAUAAUUAUACAAUUAAAAUUUUCCAGAGAAUAUAAAUUUAAAUAUUCUUAUAACACAGAAUUACAGACAGAGAAAAUUAAAAGAGGUAAAGAAGCUUUUGAUGAAAUAUUGAAGGCAAAAAUAAAAGCAGAAGAAGAAUAUAAAAAAAAAACUAAAAAUAAGCAUAAUGAAGAUAUUGAGGAAAAUAUAUACGUAAAAGAAAUAAAAUGUUAUGAAUAUGUUUUAGAACAAUUAAAUAACUUAAAUAUGUAUAAUUGUAAUGAAAUAAAUGAAAAUAAUAAGUCAUUAUUAGCCUUAGCAAAAACAAAAUGUAUUUUUGUUAAAUCAAUAAGAAACUUCCCUGAUGAAAAUUCCGGUUGUGUAUUAAAUACAAAGAAAUUAAAUAAAUUACAAAUAUAUUUAUAUAAUAAUAAUUUAUUUGAAGAAUUUAAAAAUGAAAACUUUCCUAAAUCUUUAAGUUUAGAUGAAUUAAAAAAGAUAGAAAAUAUAAAAAAUCCAUGUGAAAAUUUUGAUGAAAUUAAUGACCCUUACUUAAUAAACGAUAGUUCAUUUUUAAACACCAAGUACAAUCAAAUAUAUGACAAUAAGAAUAUGUCAAAAGAACAUAUAUUACAUAAUGAUAUAGAGUUAAAAAAAAAAUUAUGUGAAAAUUUAAAAUAUAAAAUUAUAGCCAAUUGUACAGGAAAUGAAAAUAUGUCUGAUAUUGCUUUUCAAAUAUAUCAUUCAGAAUUAAAUCACAUUGAUGAUAUAUGUUUUUAUAUACAAUCAACAGAAUGGAAUAAGAGAACAGAAGAAAAUAUUAAUAAACUUGCAGAAACUUCCAUGUAUAUAACGAGACAGAUGACAACAAAUUUAGAAAAUAUGAAGUUAAUAGAACAUGCGCAAGUAAAACAAAUAGAAAAUACAAAUAGGUUUGACAUUUUUUUAAAAGGUCUUAAAAAUGAUUUUGGAGAAAUCAUACAUAUUUUAUUAAAAAUAAAAAAACAUCAUGAAUCUAUUACCAAAUUUUUAAGGGGAUUUAAAAUUAUUGUUAUCUAUAUAUUGACAAUAUUGUUAGUUCUGUUCAUAACUUCACGAAACUAUGCAUACAAUAGUAGAAAAAAAAUAAUUUCUUGUGUCAUUUUUUGUUAUGUAACAGAAUGGAUUUUUAAAAAACUAAUUGUGUUUAUUAAAAGAUAUAUACUUUUUAAUAUCAACCAGCAUUUAGUUAUUUAUUCAAUAAAGGGAAUAAGAUAUACAUACAUAAUAAUUGGUAUAAAAAUAUUAAUUAGCACCAUUAUAUCUUAUAAAGAACCAGUAAAAAUUAUAGAAGAGCAACUAAAUGAUAUAAAAAGAAUUGUUGAAAAAAAUCAACAGUAUCAAAGUAGCUUUAAAGAAAUAAAAACGAAAAAUGGUAACUUCAACAACGAAUUAGAUCAAGAAACAGUUAAUAUACUGAAUUUAUGGUCGAAUUACAACAAAUAUUUUGAUUCAUUAUAUUCUGAUGAUUCAGAUUUUAAUAUAAAUUCACAUAGUGACAGUGAAUUUAGUAGUUCAGGAACUUCCUUUGUCAGUGAACACUUAGUAUUAAAAGAAAUAGAUGAAAUAAAUGAUGAUUCAAUAGGGAAAAGAAUAAAAAAGUUACAUAGAAAAAAUCGGCCAAUAUUUUUUCAUUAUUUUCCUACACCAAAGAAUAUUCAGGCAUAUACAGAAAACCCAAUUUCUUUUACCAAUAUGAUAGAAUACAAUCAUAAUGAAGUCAUGAGAAUGAGAAAAAACAGAAUGAAAAACUAUCUCAAUUAUAAUAGUAAUGAAACCAUAAUUCUAGAAAAUGACGACCCCAAUUUAACAUGUAAUUUAUAUGAAUUAAAUGAACAAGAUGAAAAAUUAAAUAAAUUCUAUUCUUUGGAUAGUCUUAAAAAUUAUGAGUAA